AUGUUGAAAACAGUUUUAUAUCCUAAAGAUCUCGAUUCAGUCUCGGGUUGGAUACCCGAUGUUGGCGAUGGAAGUGUUUUAAAAGAACCGGUAAGAAAUGUUGCAAAUCUGUUGGAACAUAGAAAAGUUUCCAUAGGGUUACCAUAUAAAAUUCAUCUACAAAGAGAAAUCAACGACGAUAAGAUAUUCUUUGGAGAGAAUGGUUCAGAUGCAAAAUUAGAAAUAACGAAUCUCCAACUUUUCAUACCCGUAAUAACACCAUCAAUUGAAGUAGAAACAAUAAUAUUCAACUCGUUAACUAAAGAUAUUGAAAUAGCUUUUCUUCAUCGUAAUACAGUAGCGGCGGAUGCAGCUACUGGAGGAAUAUCUGCCGCAGUCAAAGCUGACAACGCAAAGAAAGCAGCUGAUGCUAAAGUCGCUGAAGAACGCAGACAUAAUUUAAUAAUGGAAAAGGAAGCCAAAGGUUCAGGAGUGGGAGAAAUGAUAGGCACAAUAAAAGAAUUUGGAAAAAGAUUUGGGGAAGAAACCAAGAAAACUGUUAAACAAGGAUUAAAUAAAUUAGUAGAUAGUAUUGACACGGGAGAAGUCAAAGUCAAACAUAAGGGUAAUGGAAUAUUUUUAAAAAAUAUACACACUGGAGAAGGAAUAUAUCUUUCAAAGUAUAAAGGAGAAGGAGUGAUUUUUGGAACAAAUUAA